GAAUUUACCUUGUACAACUUAUCAAAUACCUGCCAUCCGACAAUGGAAAACACACCAAAAAGCAAGAAAACAGCAUAAUGGCCCGAUACGAUAGUGACGACGAUAGGAAGAAACGAAAAAAGAAGAAAAAGAAACAUUCACGAUCUAGAUCUGUAAGUAGCAGUGACAGCAGAGUAUCAUCGUCCAAGCAUAAAAAAUCAAAAAAGUCCAAACAUCGUAGAAGGUCCCCAUCAUCUUCCCCAGAGAGGUCACGACACAGGCGAUCUCGUUCUAGGAGUAGAAGAAGAUCACGCAGCUUUGAUAGAGAUUCUAGGUACAGGUCAAGGUCACGCAGCAGAGAUCGGUAUUCCAGGCGAAGGUCUAGAAGUCGGGACAGAAGAUCCAGAUCAUCCAGUCGCAGCAGACGCCGUGCAAGAUAUUCCAGGUCAAGGUCGUCAAGUCGAGACAGAUAUCGAUCAAAAAGGUCUAGAUCAAGAGACAGGCACAGAGAUAGAAGUCCAAGGAAUAAAUCUACUGAUGAUCCCUGUGCAAAUUUUCCAGGAUUUGCAGACAUGACACCUUCUGAGCAGGCACAGAUCAGGAUGCAAAUGGCUCUUAAAGCUGCAGCUGCAGCCGAUGAGAAAAUCAAGGAGCAGACCACAAGUACAAAGGAAAGUAAAUCAAUCAAAGAGCAGCUACAGUUUUCUAAUGCUGUCAAGGAAAUCGAGAGUUCUUCUUUUGUCCAGUCUACAUUCUCCUCCAACAGAACAGACAAAGAUAAGACAAGUUCAAAAGAAGAGAGUUUUUCAUUUGGUACAGCUGCUGAGUUCAAACCUGACAUGGCAGUGAAAAAAAUACUUGAGGUGGAUGACUUAUCAAAGCUUGCUCAUUCCAAUCUGUUUGUGGACCCUGAUGUUAAGAUGGAUCAGUGGAUCGAGAGACUGAAAUCUCUAAGGCAACGAAAACUGGAAGGAGAAGUGAUAAAGUGAACAAUGUUUUACUGCCUUUUGAUGAAGGAUGCUGCAGUGCUUUUAGAGAGACUAAGCAAACCAUUAAAAUAGCAACAAUUUAAGAAACACAGUGAAGAAAUAUUAUUUCAUAAACUAAAACAUAAUUUUUGUGUGUUUGCUGUCAUAUUGAAAAGAAAAACAAAACAAAACAAAUUUUAAGGAUUGACACUGUAUGUUAAGCUUCCAUCUGCAUAAACAAUUUUGUUAAGCUGUUGCUUUCAGUUACGUUUUGAUAACCUGCCAGUUGUACAUAAUUGUCAUCUUUUAAUUUUUAUUUAUUGAGUAGAUAAUCUAUAUACAUAAAAAAUUAAAAA